CUGACCUCCUCUCAUCCCUUCCUCAACUUCUCCCACUACCCCUUUCUCUCAACAGCAACCUUCUCUCAAUACUUUUCUUUCCUUAUCUACUUUUCAAGAUCUCCAUCUUAACAGCUGCAUAAGGUGCCUCUCGCUCUCUUGGGCCUUACUUCUUCCCAAAUCACGUCCUCCGUUUCUUGUAGUUUUGCUUCAAAAUUUGAUCAUGGCCUACGACGCCUACCGUGGUAGCGGAAACAGUUAUGGUGGAGGUGGCGGCUACGGUGGUGGAGGCGGUGGAUAUGGCGGUGGGUCUAAUGGAUAUUCUAACGGCGGACCCCGCGGUGGUGCUGGUAGCUAUGGAAGUGGUAACUCUUAUGGCAGCGGUGGCUAUGGGGGUGGUGGUGCCGGCGGUGAUCGUAUGAGUAACCUUGGUGCAGGUCUUAAAGCUCAGUCGUGGGAUAUGAAUUCCCUUCCUAAAUUUGAGAAGUCUUUCUAUAAGGAAGCACCGACUGUUGCAAGUCGCACACCCGCAGAAAUCGAGGCGUUCCGUCUUGAGAAACAAAUGCGUGUACAGGGCCGCGAUGUUCCUAAGCCCGUUGUUGAUUUUGACGAGGCUGGAUUCCCUAGCUAUGUUAUGAACGAAGUUAAGGCUCAGGGAUUUGCCGCACCAACAGCCAUUCAGUCUCAAGGUUGGCCGAUGGCACUGUCUGGGCGCGAUGUUGUUGGCAUUGCCGAAACAGGCUCUGGAAAGACGUUAACUUACUGCCUGCCUGCUAUUGUUCAUAUCAAUGCUCAACCACUCCUUGCACCAGGAGAUGGCCCCAUCGUUCUUGUCUUAGCGCCAACUCGCGAAUUAGCUGUUCAAAUCCAACAAGAGGUUGCUAAAUUUGGGAAGUCCUCUAGAAUACGUAACACGUGUGUCUAUGGAGGAGUUCCUAAAGGGCCUCAAGUCCGAGAUUUGUCCCGCGGCGUUGAGGUGUUGAUUGCAACCCCUGGUCGUUUGAUCGACAUGUUGGAGACCAACAAAACUAACCUUCGCCGUGUUACCUACCUUGUUCUUGACGAGGCUGAUCGCAUGCUUGAUAUGGGUUUCGAGCCCCAAAUUAGAAAGAUUCUGGGUCAGAUUCGCCCUGAUCGUCAAACUUGCAUGUGGUCCGCCACCUGGCCGAAGGAAGUUAGACAGCUUGCAUCCGAUUUCUUGAACGAUUUUAUUCAGGUCAACAUUGGUUCCCUGGAGCUCUCUGCCAAUCAUAACAUUCAGCAGAUAGUGGAAGUCAUAAACGAUUAUGACAAGCGCGAUAGGCUCAUUAAGCACCUUGAGAAAGUAAUGGAUGACAAGAACAGCAAAUGUCUGAUCUUUACAGGUACCAAACGUACCGCUGAUGACAUUACGAGAUUCCUUCGUCAAGACGGCUGGCCUUGCCUUGCCAUCCACGGCGACAAGCAACAGACCGAACGUGAUUGGGUUCUUAACGAAUUCAAAACGGGCAAGAGCCCAAUAAUGGUUGCUACUGACGUGGCCAGUCGUGGCAUUGAUGUUCGUAACAUCACGCACGUUAUUAACUUUGAUUACCCAAAUAACUCUGAAGAUUACGUUCACCGCAUUGGCAGAACUGGACGUGGAGGCGCCCGCGGAACCGCCAUUACCUUUUUCACCACCAACGAUGCAAAGCAAGCUAGAGAUCUGCUCACUGUUUUGAGAGAAGCUAAACAACAGAUUCCGCCAGAAUUGGCUGACAUGUCCAGAUCUGGCUUUGGUGGUGGGGGGGGACGUUAUGGAUCAUCCCGUGGCCGCGGCGGCCGUGGUGGUGGAGGUGGAGGUUUUACCUCUUCUAACAGCGCACCUCUUGGGCGCAGCCGGUUCUAGUGCUUUCGCUCGCCAUAAAUAAUUACCGAUAGGCCUAGAUUUCUUACACAGAAUACUUGGGGUUUCAUAGAUUGGUUUGCUUUGCUCACAUAAAAUCAGGGGUCACGCUUCAGUAUGGUAUAGUUUUUUUUUUCUUUUCUUUUUUCAUGCUCUUCAUACAGUUUUAUCCGUUACUUUUUUCGUCUUUUCCUUAUUGCUAUUGCUUUGUCCGGAAUUUUCUGAAGCCACUGGGCCGUCUGCGGUGAGUGACAAGGUUAUCAUUCGCAGUUGAGUUGAUUUUUAUGGAGGGAUAUGGGAUGGUCGGAGAUUCAAUUUUCAGCAGUUUGGUCGCCUUGAGUUACAUAGUAAUAAAUUUGGACGGAUUCCUUCCUAAGUUUUUUUAAAA